AUGUUCCCCUCGUCCGCCGACGAAACCUCGCUGCCGUUGCUGACGAGGCAGCCCCUCACGACGUCUACUAUGCAACACCUCCCAUCAACGGUGCAGCCCUUCACGACGUCUACUAUGCAACACCUCCCGCCAACGGUGCAGCCCUUCACGACGUCUGCUAUGCAACACCUACCAUCAACGGUACAGCAAUCAAUGCCAGCGUGGCAGAACUCCCGAUCAAAUGACCCAGCUUCGUCAAAAGGUCCAGCUCCAUCAACGGUACAGCGCCCGUCGAAACAUGUACCCAUUUUUUCUCCCGAACAGUAUACGAAGAUGGUGAAAAUGAACUACGAUACGAUCUUGCUUGGCUUCUAUUGGGAUAGCAUAUUAGGCGGCAAUGGCCUCCGCUUUCGGCAUGUAUGUGAAAGGCAGUACACCAUUGAAGAGAUCAUUACUGGUAUCACUUGCAUAUUCAAGGAGCACAACGGACUUCCAAAAGAUUUGCAACCUCUUCUCAAUUUGAAACUUUUCACAAUCGAAGUAGCAAGAAGCAAACCUCCAAAAACUCUGAUUUCAAAAGAUGGAAUUGCAAGAGCCCUUAUAGCCCUUCUUUCCACACCAUUGCAAGUACCGGGCUACAGUGGUCAGAGGAGUGUCAUAGGAUAUGAGGAUAAUGGCAGUACACUUACUCUGAUGCUCGAUGUAACAGAGGAACACAAACAACACUCGAUCUUCUAUGAAGAGGCAGACCUAUCCUGGAGCCAGGUUUUGCGGGUGGUAGAACCACAUCUUCAUAGCAUCAGAGAACACUGGCAUAAUCAAAACCAGAUUGUUGACAACACCAACAACAGUCUUGACAACAACACCAAAAGUCUUGACAACACCAACAGUCUUGACAACAACACCAACAGUCUUGACAACAA